AUGGAUGGAGCGGAUCUGGCGUCCGAUACAAGGAGCAAAGGCGUAGAAGAUUCUCAGGACACGAACAUGUCAGUCCUCGAAGGAUUAACUUCGACCUGGGCACAACUUGCCAGGGCUUCGGAGACGCAAACGGCAAUGCUGGCUAGUCUCAAGGAAGACCUUCUCCUUCGUACUGACUCAGACGAGGAUGGACAGGCCGCUCAGAGCUUAAAUGAUAGCGUUGAUCUCAACGCCGCCUUAACUGAUGUGCUCGACCCGAGCGACACGCAUACAAGUACGACCGCGGCGGCGAAACCUGCAUCAUGCCCUGACUCAGGGUCGCAGGAUGACAUUUUGGAAAGCCUGACUCAGGCAUUUGUGCAAGCCAAAGAGAAAUCUCCUGCGAUAGCAGAAAAAAUUGCUGGUUUAAUUGACAACAUGGUUACUGGAGGUCUCUCACCAAACACAAUCAAAGAACGAGUUGAAAAAUAUCCUCCUCCAGAAAAUUGUAAAUUCCUGUCCACCACCACCGUCAACGAAGAAAUUUAG